AUGACUAAAGAGGAGUACAGCUGUUUAUAUGAUUAUGCGGAGGAGUUGAAACUAAGCAAUCCAGGGACAACUUACAUAGUCAAGGGAGCUAAAUCAGAUGGUGAUGAGGUGAAUUAUUUUCAUAGAUUUUAUGUUUGUUUUGGGGCUUGCAAAGAAGGUUGGCUGGCUGGCUGUAGAAGGAUUAUUGGCAUGGACGGAUGUUUUUUGAAGGGUAUAUGUAGAGGACAGUUGUUAUGUGCCAUUGGAUGCAAAAUGUUUCCGUCAGCUUGGGCAGUGGUCCAAGUAGAAAAUACCGAGAACUGGAGCUGGUUCCUGAGAUGCUUAAAGUAUGACUUGCCCUUAAAGGAAGGAGAUGAGUUUGUUAUUAUAAACGAUAUGCAAAAGGGUUUGGAAAGAGCUAUCAAAGAUAAUCUGCCAGAGGUGGAACAUAGGAGAUGUGCUAGACACGUUUAUGCAGCCUUGGCAAAAAACUGGAGGGGAGAAGACCGAAAGCUAGGGUUUUGGACUUGUGCGAAGGCCACAUUUACAGAAGUAAAGUGUGAUGUUAUUGAUAAUAACCUCGCUGAGACUUUCAACGGAUGGAUCUUAGAUGCACGGGGCCUUCCAAUUAUAAGUAUGUUGGAAGUAAUCCGAGUUCAAGUUAUGACAAGAUUACGAGUCAAAAGAAGAGUUUGCCUGACAUGGAUUAAUGACAUUGCUCCUAGAGCAAUGAAAAAGUUGGAAAGAAACAAAGAAUUGUCUUUCUUGUGGCAUAUGAUAUGGAAUGGUGAUACAACUUAUGAAGUAACCAACAUCUACAAUUCUGAAGACAAACACACUGUGAAUACUGCCACACGAACAUGCACAUGUCGCGAGUGGGACCUGUCAGGGAUUCCUUGUCAACAUGCUAUAGCUGCAAUUUAUAGCGCUAAGGAAAAGACUAAGAAAGAGCCUGAAUAUUACGUACAUGAGUGGUAUAAAGAGGAGAUAUACAAAAGUGCAUAUAGCUUCAUGAUGCAGCCAGUUAGAGGGAGAUUAAUGUGGCCAGAAAGUGAAUUGGAACUUGUUAUACCACCUUAUUACAAGAAAAUGCCUGGAAGACCUAAACAAGCUAGGAGGCGCGACAUACAUGAAACUACUAAAACGGGCAAAAUAUCAAGACACGGAAGGGUGAUGAGAUGCAAACUUUGCAAAGAACCAGGACACAACAUCAAAAGCUGUCCAAGAAGGUAUAUUGGUUUGGAUCCUACCAUUCCACUUGCAACACCUCAACCAAGGAAAAACGCAAGUGAAGCCUUAACAAGCGAAGUUGUCAGGCCGUCUGCUGAUUUGGUCAAUGAAUUCACUAUUAUAAAUAAGAGGAAAAGAGGGAAAGGCAGGCAAGAAUGCAAUGUGAUCAAGAAUGUACGAUGGAAGCACCGCUGCCAACUGAGCCUUUGA